AUGUGUGCAAAAGUAUUACCUUCUUUCACAGACGAAAACCAGGAUCUGCAGAAGCAGACAGGGUGUAUGAAUGGGAUAUUUCAGCUCUUUGAUCGCCACCAUUUCCCAACAUGCUGGAGAGUUGGCAGCCAAAAUCCCAAGAGACUACUUCCAGGUGCUCACCACAAUAUGGACCCUAGACAUGCAACAAAAACUGCAAGGGAAAAAAAUCUGGAGGCACAGAAAGAGUUAAGAGUCUCCUUUGAAUCAUCCCAAGCCUCCUGUUCAUCUUCCUCUUGUUCUUCCAUGCUUUCAUCAUUUGAUUCCCAUAAAAUGGCUCUACCAGAAGCUAUUUCGUUCAUUCAAACGAAAAUUCGUGAAACCCCACUUCAAACCACAACCACAAAAGAACAAAAUACUUCAUUUGCCACAGGCCAGCAGUCCCUUGAUCUCCAAGAUGUAGUGAAGGAUUCAAUGUAUAGAGAAACCCGUGGCUUGCCCAUCAAAUCUAAGGCUAAAGAUGAAAGAAGAGGCUCCGUGUUGAAGCACAUCGACUCUCCCAGGCCUUCUCAGCAAUUCAAAAGUGGACAGUCAGGGGUUGCUGUUUCUGAUGGAUCAAUUCACGAUCUUUGUAAGCUCCAUGAAGUAACAGAGAAAUACAAGGAUGAGCGGCUGGCACUUCCUCGUUUCUCUUAUGAUGAGAGAGAAUCACGAGAUACUUUGAAGUCUACGCUCAAAGAACAUCCCAGGUUAUCGUUGGACAGUAGAGCCAGUUCUACGAAGAGUCCAUCCCUCCAAUCACGAUCAAACUUUCUUUUAAGGGAUCUGCAUAUGGGAAAUGAGGACUCCAGCCAAGUUCUACCCUCUGACCAAGAACUAGGAAGUAACAAAAGAUCGCCCAGUGUCGUGGAAAAGCUAAUGGGCUUGGAAGCCCUCUCAGAUGUUAUUUCCACAAGUGAGAGCAGGAUUAUAAAGAUCCAGUCAUGUGCUGGCACGGAUUUUAUUUCAAGAUCGCCAAAACCAGCUGGCAUGGGCAAGCAAACUCAAGAUCCUUGUUCCCCACGUGUUUUGCAAAAGGAUCCUGCCUUGCCACACUUGGGUAAUGCCAAUUCAGUCAUAAACCAGACUUCACGCUCAAGGUUUCCACCUGAACCAGCUCCAUGGACACAGCCAGAUUCUAGUAAAAGCUUUCGAAAGCAAGCUUUAAAAAGUAGGAAAUCAUCUGCAAUUACCUCAAAUAUGUCCUCCACUGUUUAUGGUGAGAUUGAGAAAAGGAUAACAGAAUUUGUGAAAUCUGGGAAGGACCUCAGGGCCCUAAAACAUAUUCUUGAAGCAGUGGAGAAAACAAGACAAAGAUUGGAGAAAAGAAAAGAGGACCUGACUGAAUCUGCAUCUCAAACAAGCAGAUACAGCACGGAAAACAGCAUCUCUGAUACGGAUUUCAGAUUGUCCACGUGGCAGGAUCAACGGAGUAACCAUCGAGUUCUCACCAUGAAGGAGGCCACCCCUCCAAAGAGAUUAGAGCCUUCUAAUAUGAUCAUGAAACCAGCCAAAGUGAUUGACAAAAUUAGAAUUUCAAGUUCUUCUCCGGUCCCAGCUCCAGACACAUCGCAUUUGCGAAAACUCAGAGCUCGGGAUUCUAUAUAUAACCGGGAGAAUUCAGUUCACAAACAUCCAGGAAAAGAUUCUAUGCCAAGGAAUAAUCUGAAAGAUCCUAGUUGGAUUGGUUCCAUUGCUAAGAAGACCAAUUUGAGAACUUCAGAAGUACAGCAAACCUCGAAAGCACCUCAAUGCAUUAAGGUAGAAAGCCGUGCUACCCGUGGAAGGAGUUCUGGAAUGGUGAGUCCAAGAUUAAAACAAAAGAAGCAAGUAAUAGAUUGGCAAUCUCAUCACACAACCUCAUCUUCUGACUCGGGCAUGAUUAAAAAGAAAUGUAGUAAGCAAGUAGCAGCAUCUGGUUACUCAAAUAGAAAACUCCACCUGAAAUCAACCGAUCUGAAGCAUGGUUAUGACCAAUUGAGCGAACACAGUGGUGACACACGGUACUCUAGUCACCAAAGUGAUACAACUUCUGUGAUGUCACAAAGCAAUAUUAGUCUCGUCUCACAGAUUGAAACAAAGGUCAUAUGCUUCGCUCAUUCCAUUGAGAAGAAUGCCAAACAGAACCAUGACCCUAUACAUAGGAGUUCUGCAGCAAGAUUCAGAGAACACACAAUAACAGCUGAACUUGCAACGACUAUGCUGGAACAACCAAGUCCUGUCUCGGUUCUUGAUGUGGCAUUUUGCAGAGAUGACUCACCAUCUCCGGUCAAGAAGAUAUCAACUGCUUUUAGAGAUGACGAAAGUCCAAAUUCCGACGACUCAAAAUGGCAUGUAGAGUAUCUAAAUGGUUUACCGGAUCAGAAAAGACUACACGGGCACAGUCACAGGAAAUUAGAUAUGAUUGAUGACUUGGUCCAUGAGGUUAGAUUAUUGAACCCCGCUCCUUGUGAAGAUACUCUAGACCACUAUGCAUUUAUGUACAAGAGCCCCAAUCCAGAUCUGCGAUAUAUUACUAAGAUAUUACUGGCAUCAGGACUCCUCAGAGACAUAAUAUCAGUCCCAACAGUCAAUCAGCACCACUCAUCAUACCAUCUGAUCAACACCGACUUGUUUGAUGUACUUGAACAAACUGAGCAAAACAUUAAGCUGGAAAAUGAAGAACUUGAAGACGAGAAUGCUCAGUUAAAAUUUAAUCAGAAAAUUCACAGAAAAAUUGUUUUUGAUACAGUCAAUGAAAUUCUGGUCCGCAAAUUUGCUUUACAGGGAUUAUUCAACCUGGGAAGGAAAAAGUUGAGCCGAGAAGAGCUUCCAAAAGAAGUUCAUUUAGAGCUGAAUCAUCUUCAGAGAAAGCAAGAUUGCAGCCAUGAUGACGAGGAUGAUGGAUUUGUGAGAAUCUUAAUGGAAGAUAUGAUGCAUCAGUCGGCAGAUUGGACAGAAUACAUUUGUGAGAUCCCAGCCUUGGUGUUAGACAUUGAGCGCCUAAUCUUUAAAGACCUGAUUAAUGAGGUAGUCAUGGGAGAAGCUAUGGGCAUGCAUAAUUGA